AUGCGGAUUCAAGACGCCCAGUUGGCACGUCUGCUCGAGCUUUCACAGAGAAAAGCCGACAUCGAGAGCCAGAUCAUUAAGAAAGCUCACGAACUUGCGGAGGCGUACGAGGCUAUGAAGGCCGAGUUUGAGGUUGUCUUGCGAGGCCGGUCAGAAGAUUUCCAUGAGGCCAUUGAAACCUUGAACGCCUUGGAGGAGAGGGCAAGUCAGAACUGA